GGUUCAAUUCUCACAGAUUUACAGAAGGAGUACGCCUCCCUUUCCUCUCGCUAAUAUACACAAGUGAGACAACAAUUGACACAGAGCUGUGAGGCGGACACAACAAUGGCGGACGAUGACUAUGAUAUGGACGGAGGAUACGUGGACGAGCCAAUAGAACCUGAGCCUGAUGAAGGAGCAGAGAUUGAAGAAGAUAAUGGCAACAAUGAGGACAUACCAGACCCCCUGUUGGGUGAAGGUGAGGAGAAAACAGAGCAAGAGCCUGUGGAGCGACCUCGGAAGACGUCGAAGUAUAUGACAAAAUAUGAACGUGCUAGAAUCCUGGGCACUCGUGCACUCCAGAUCAGCAUGAAUGCUCCUGUGAUGGUUGAGUUGGAGGGGGAAACUGAUCCACUCGAGAUUGCAAUGAAGGAGCUCCGAGAGAGGAAGAUACCAUUCACAAUUCGCCGUUACCUGCCUGAUGGAAGUUAUGAAGAUUGGGGAGUUGAUGAAUUGAUUGUUGAGGAUUCAUGGAAGAGACAAGUCGGAGGAACUUGAUGCUUGAAGUGCCUCCUUUGCAUGCAGGGUUGUGAGGAGUCUAAUCUGCUGUUUUUGGUUGUCAUACUCCACCAAGUUAUUGCGAAGUUAACAUUAACAAUGUUAUCAAUGUAUUAAGGAAAACUCAAGUGCUUAUUCAUAUCUGUUGUGUGAUAUUGCAAGUUCUAAUGGGUAUGUACUAGUAGGGCUCUAAAACUGGGCAGGCAUUGCUUAGUUUUUGUAUGAGAUGUUUGUUAGUAAAUGGAAAAAUGGAGUAAUCACUCUCAACACUUUGUAGAAGGAAAUUGGCUUGCAACUUUA